GUGGCGUAUUUCCGGAUCGCAUUUUCCAGUUUCCGCAAUAUUUUGCCAUAAUAGAGAGAAAAUGGCGUCUUGAGAUUGUACCUUCUUAAGACGUAUCGGAGGGGAAAAAACGAAAGAAACAGACAAUUACAAAAACGGACCGAAAGAGUUGCACUGGGCCCGCACUCCCCCCACCCCCUCCCUGGCAGGCGAUGGAGAAUUCUGACAGUUUAGAGCAGGGGACUGGCGAGCAGUCGGAUUCUCAGCGUCGGCAGCAGCUGGACCGUCUGGAUCGAGAAGAGGCCUUCUACCAGUUUGUCAAUGGCCUGAGCGAGGAGGACUAUCGGCUGAUGCGAGAUAAUAAUCUCCUGGGCACCCCUGGUGAGACAACGGAGGAGGAACUUUUGAGUCGACUUCAGCAAAUCAAAGAUGGACCCGAUCCUUCGAGCAACAGUGAAGGCAGAGCUGAUGAGACUAGUGGAUCUGAGGUUUCUGAGGAAGACUCAAGCGGAGACUCACUCCUGGAUUGGCUGAACACCGUCAGGCGGGCAGGCAAUACGACGCGGAGCGGUCACCGUGGAAACCAGUCUUGGAGGGCAGUGAGCAGGACCAACCCCAACAGCGGCGACUUCCGCUUCAGCCUUGAGAUAAAUGUCAAUCGUAAUGUUGCCGAGCAUCAGGUGUGGACCCAUGAUACUGCGCCAGCGGAUGGUGAUGGGGCAGAACCUGCUGGCCCCAGGGUGGUGCCGGAGGCUGCCAUGGAAACUUCAGAUGUGGUGGAGGAGCCAGUGGUGGAGGAGCUGGCUGUUAUCAUGGAGCCUGAGCCUGAACCCGAACCUGAGCCUGAACCCGAACCUGAGCCUGAACCCGAACCUGAGCCUGAGCCCGAACCCGAGCCCGAACCUGAGCCCGAGCCCGAGCCCAGUCCGGUUCCUCCCAGAGUUGAGGCUGCCCCAGAGCCUGCCAGCCCUCAUGCACGGGUGCCAGCUCCUCCAAGUCCCCUGGCAGAGGAUUCUUCCCGCAGGGGCCAGAGGAGGCCCAGGAGCCGCAGCCCUGAACGACGGCAGACCAGGGCGCGCCCCGAUAGGAGUCGCUCUCCUCUUCUCCAUCUGGACCGACUAGAUGGACUGACCUCGGGUCUUCGCCAGCCAUCCCCUCGCUACCCCAGCGUAGUGCCCGAGGUUGAGGUGGAGGGCAGCUCCAGGACCCGACAGCAUGUUACAUCCAGGCAGGGUGCCACCGAACAUGACCCCCAGCCGGGGCGCGGUGGGGCCGAACUGGCCCCACCAGCCCCAGAGGUGGAGGGCGGCGCCAGUGCUGAGGGGGGACCCGCUGGCCGCCGGCCCCCGACCAUCAUGCUGGACCUGCAGGUACGGCGUGUACGGCCCGGCGAGUACCGCGCUGGGGACAGCAUUGCGAAUCGCACCCGCUCACGGUCCCAGACAGCCAACAACACCUACCUGUAUGAGAGUGAGCGGGGCGGCUUCCGGCGGACCUUCUCACGCUCAGAGCGUGCUGGCGUGCGCACCUACGUCAGCACCAUCCGCAUCCCCAUCCGCCGCAUCUCGGAUGCUGGCCUAAGUGAGGCCACCUCCAUGGCCCUGCAGUCCAUGAUCCGCCAGAUCAUGACGGGCUUCGGCGAACUCAGCUACUUCAUGGACUCCGACACAGAGUCCCUGGACUCUGGCCGGGGCUCAGCCCACAACCCGGAGCACGCUCCAUCUCCUGGAAACCCUGAGGCUCCGGCCGCCCCUGAGGCACCCUCUGCCGGUCACCAGGAAAGUGCCGGCCCACGGACGGAGGAAAGGUCCGGGGAGGGUGCCGCCUCCGCUCCCGCAUCCAGCAGGGCAUCCCGUCCGGCACCUCGUGCGCCCAUCAGCCUGGAGGAGUCGGGCUCCCUCCCCUUCCUGCGGCUGGCCCACUUCUUCCUGCUGAACGACGAUGACGACGAGCAGCCACGGGGUCUCACCAAGGAGCAGAUCGACAACUUGGCCACGCGCAACUUCGGCGAGAGUGACGCCCUCAAGACAUGCAGCGUGUGCAUCACGGAGUAUGCACAGGGCCACAAGUUGCGCAAGCUGCCCUGCUCACAUGAGUACCAUGUGCACUGCAUCGACCGCUGGCUCUCCGAGAACUCCACCUGCCCCAUAUGCCGCAGGGCCGUCCUGGUGUCUGGCCGGGAGAGCGUGGUUUAACGGGGGGCCCCCCCCCCCACCCCCCUCGCAGUACCUUUAAGCCUUUUUAUGUAUUACUACGUCAAACCGUGUGUCACAUCACAAGGUUUUAGCUUACACUUAACAACCUUUUCAUCUUUUCACCGCAGUUGGUUUUGAGGCCUGCUGUAGCUCUCUUUUGGAUUUAAGCGGAGGUACAACAAGGUUGGCGCUGCAGCCAUUCAGACAACGGCAGCAGGGCAUAUCCCUGAUGCUCCCCGAAGCUUGCAAUCAAAUCACUCCUCUCCUGUCUUUUCAUAAAUUAAUAAUCUGUGGUAAUACUCAACACAGCAUCAUUAGCCUGAAUGUGGUCUGCUGAGUGAUACGUUCCUGAGUGGAAUGAUGCAGAUGCCAGGAAGGCAAGGGUGUGUCUCGUGCACGUAACGGAAGCUGACGUCUUGACCUGUAGUGUCAUGGUGUGCAGACUGGGGUCGUGCCCUAGCUGCUAACCUGUAAAUUCUACGGUUAAGAUUUUUCACUGCUUGGUAAACCAAUUAAAAGCAUUUUUGCGGGAGAUCACAGAGGGAUUCUGGAAAACAUGCUCCUCCGACCCGGAAUGUGUCCAUGGAGGUUGGUUUGAUGGGAUCCCUUCAGUGACGUUGGGGAGGAACACCGUGCCGUUCCUCUGCAGUGUUUUUCGUUGGCCCUCUGCCCUUAUCUGUCCCUCUACCCCUCUAUCCACUACCUGCAUGGCGCAGUCUGAUGCUUCGUUCCGCUUCUGAUGUGUUGUAGUGUGGUGAGGGCAUGUGUGUGAGAUGAGUAGGCACUGCAGGUAGUUUAGUUAAGGGCGACCUUUAUAUAACAAGCUAGUUGGUUCUUCCCUUGUAGGGGAAGGUCUCUGAACACCCAUGGCGCUGCCCCCCCCCCCCCCCCCCCCCCAAAAAAAAAUGCGGUAGCCCUGUCACUUCCCAAGUGUUUUUGUACAGGUUUUUUUUUUUUUUUUUUUUUUUUUUUUUAGUAAAUAAAACACAAGGAUAGUCCAUAUGUAUUAUUUGAUGGUCAGUGUAUCCUUCCAGGCCUGGAUGUCCAGAUAUCGAUCACACUGUUGAAGGGGCUUUAGUUUCAGUGUGUGAUACUGAAAAGCAGCUUCUGCCGCCCUCUCCUGCGCAUGGGAACACCAGUCACCCAGGAAACGUCAACGAUGAUAAACUCUCUCUCUAUAAAUGUUAACUGUGAAUAUAAGCAUACAAUCAAGCCUUAGUUUUGUCUUUCUCUAUAGGUUCUGAAUGUUCCAGGAGCUCUUCUGUGUACCCUUGGGGAGCAAUGAGUUGUAAAACAAUUAUCUGCAGCCUUUGUUCCUGUCCUUUGCGCUAAUUGUUUUUUUCCUCUUGGAGUGCAGUGGUCAAAUUCUUCUCUGCAAGAGAAACACUCAAGUUUUGUUCUGUAAGCCGUGUAUUAAAUGAAGAUAUUGAAAACUAAGGGACACAGGUACUGUUAAUUACAAUGGUAUAAAUAUGACUUGAUUUAGAAUUAGCUUUGGAUGAAUUGGAGAAGAAGCAGCCUGUUAACCUGAACGCCAGUGUAACGGGUCAAAAACCUGUUGUGGGGGAAAAAAUUCUGGGAAUUGGUAGGACCACUUAAGUUGAUUGAACUUAUGGUUAAUCAUAAGCAUUUGCAUAUUUAAGAAUUUUAAUAGAAAUUCUCUUUAGGAUAUUAAAGUAUGCGCAAAAGAUUGCAAGCACCAUGUGUAUGUAUGUAUGUAUACAUUUUUUAACCUGUUUCUCCAUAAUUCUAAUGGUGACCUUGUCACAGUUCAGCCCCAUCAAAUAUUCCCAUAACAUUAAAGCUUGCUUCUUCUAUUGUCUGUCUUGUAUUUUUUCAUUUGGCUUAGCAUAUUUCAGUGGGGGGGGGAGAUGUUAAUAUUUACCUUUGGCAUUCAUGGCAACAUAGACGUUUUAAUGUAGCUCUAUUUCCCCUUGCCCUUUAGAAAUGCUGCCCUCCAAGCUUUAUCAAUGUGUGCUCAGACCCGGCUUGCUGGUUCUGCCCAACCCCCCGCGGUUUCUUGUUCUUUUUGCUUUGAAGGCCCAUAGUUUUUUUUUUUUUUAACGUGAUGGUUACUCGCCUACUAGUUGUAUUAGAUUUUACGUUACAUUUUAGUGGCACGGCAGUCUGACAGGUGAAUUCCAUGGUCCAGAUGAUUUGGUCACACCGAUAUAGUUCAAUGCAAAACUGCUGGUUGAAGUAAAAUACUUGCAAUUUAUCACCUGUUAAAAAAAUAAAAUAAAAGUUGAGCUACACUUUGUGAGGGAACAGCAGGCUGUAAUUUGACUUUUGUAGGUUAGACUAUACCACGUUGCACUGGGUGGGGUGGGGGGGGGGUCGUAUUCAUGUUUGCAUGGUUCAAUUUCUUUUUGCAUACAUGAUCUUUCACUUCGCCACAGAGUCAUAAGUCUGCCAGUUGCCUUGUUCACAUUCUUUUCCAGGUGGUCAAAUAUGUUUCAACUUUGUUUUUCAUUGUGGAUUUCAUUAUAUACUCACAGUACCCAGAAUUAUCUAACUUUCUUUUACUUCAAUGGUUGUAUAGAAGGUCUUCAAGCAGUUGUUUAAGAAUGUUUUUAUAUGUAACACCACAUUGAUGGGUAUAUUUUGUUUCUCUGAAAGCACUUUUGUGAAAUGAUGAAUCCCCUCAAUAUUUUUGAAAUGUAUUUUUAAUUUGUGUGUUGUCCUUCAAAUUGUGUCCCUUUCCUAUGUAUACAUAGUGUUUUCUCAUAUUUAACUGUUUCCUUAAAUACAAUUCAUAACUCAUUUUAAAUUGAAAUGCACGGUCUAGGUUUUUUGGGAAAAGUCAUUUUAGGACCGGUGAAAUUGUCCCUUGUGUAUGAACUGAGUGUGGUUAAAGGAACCUUAUCACAUUCACACUGCAGUAACAAAAGCUGCCCCUUCAGCCGUUCUCCAAACUCUGCGGUGUUUUCACUGUCGGAUGCGUCUUUUCUGGAAACUUUCAAAAUUGAUUGCAAGUCGGGUGUCAGAAAUGCCUGUUUUUCAGCCCUGGAUCGUUUUGUACAGGAUACUUGGAGAAGACAGCAUAUUAACUUGAAGCAGUAUUUCAAGUGCUUUUAUUUUGAUUUUUUUUUAAGUCGACAAUGGGUGUGUUUAAGUGUGGAUUUGAGCACCGUUAAUUGGGGGAUUUUUUUUUUUCUUUUUUUUUUUUGCGCUGCUUGCUGGAUGAACUCGUGCUCAGUUUCCUUCCUCGCUGACCGUGGGCAUUGCUGUUUGCCGCUUUGCACAUGCCUCUAAGAGAUGAGAUGUGUUAUCUGGACUGGGUCAACCUGGAGAGGACGACCGCAGCAGCCAUGUAGGUCUGCCCUGGCACGGCAGUGCUGGAAUGUGUAAUUCAUUGUAUAUUACAGUCAGAAAUAAAGAAUGGACAGCUUUCUUUGA